GGGUGAUGCAGUAGGAAGAUUCCCCCCUUCAGUCUGCCUCUGCCUGAACAAUACAAGCCUCUUCGCUUCAAACACACACACACACACACACACACGCACACACGCACUUUCAUACACAUACUCACACACAUACACACACAGCAAUUGCAUUACCAUCACACACAAUCAGAGAGAGAGAGAGAGGAAAAAGAGAGAAAGAGAGAGAGACGGGGGCUGACUGCGGGUAUGGAGGGGAGGAUGCGCUGACGUUGUCCCCCUCUCGGAUACGAACCUGGGGAAAAAGGUUGACUGGCCACAUUCCUUGACGGCAGCAGAGCUCCUAUGAUCAGCCUGCAGUCGGGUAUCGCUCACUGGUACAGCCUCUAAGUGUCCAUGGAUAUCUGAACACCACCUCCAGUACAGUACAGCAGAAUGGAGGAGGGUGAAUAUUUCCUGAAGGUGUUGAUUCCCAGCUAUGCUGCUGGUUCGAUCAUAGGUAAAGGGGGACAGACCAUUGUCCAGCUUCAGAAAGAGACUGGAGCCACCAUCAAACUGUCCAAAUCUAAAGACUUCUACCCAGGUACGACAGAGCGUGUUUGUUUGAUUCAGGGUACAGUGGAAGCGCUAAAUGGAGUCCAUAACUUCAUCGCUGAAAAAGUUCGUGAGAUGCCUCAGAGCAGUCAAAAGACCGAGCCAGUCAGCAUUCUCCAACCACAGACUACUGUUAACCCAGAUCGCAUUAAACAGGCCAAACUGAUCGUACCCAACAGCACUGCAGGGCUCAUCAUCGGUAAAGGUGGGGCUACAGUUAAGGCUGUGAUGGAGCAGUCGGGAGCCUGGGUGCAGCUUUCUCAGAAGCCUGAGGGAAUCAAUCUGCAGGAGCGCGUUGUGACGGUGAGUGGGGAGCCGGAGCAGAACCGCAAGGCUGUGGAGAUCAUUGUUCAGAAGAUCCAAGAGGACCCACAGAGCAGUAGCUGUCUCAAUAUCAGUUACUCUAACAUCACUGGUCCUGUGGCCAACUCUAACCCUACCGGUUCCCCCUUCGCCAACUCUACAGAGGUCUUACCCAAUGCUGCGGCGGCAGCUACGGCCUCAACGCUGCUUGGCCAGGCGGGCCUUGCAGGCAUGGGAGGGUUCCCUGCCACUAUGUCUAGUCUCUCCGGUAAUGAUCUGCUUGCCAUUACGUCUGCCCUGAACACUUUGGCAAGUUAUGGCUACAACACCAAUAUGUUGGGGCUAGGCCUCAACCCGGCCGCUGCGUCUGGAGUUCUUGCUGCUGUUGCAGCUAGUGCCAAUCCUGCAGCAGCAGCUGCUGCCAACCUGCUUGCCACAUAUGCCAGUGAGGCCUCUGGAGGGGGCGGUCACCCUGCAGCACCUAGCUUAGGGGGAUUCUCACUGGGCUCUCUAGCAGCUGCCACAGGGGCAUCUAAUGGGUACCUGAACCCCUCAUCCCCAUUGGUGGCAUCGUCUCUGCUUGGCACAGAGAAGCUGGCAGAAGGUGGAAAAGAGGUGGUUGAGAUUGCUGUGCCGGAGAACUUGGUCGGUGCCAUAUUGGGAAAGGGCGGCAAGACUCUGGUGGAGUAUCAGGAGCUGACAGGGGCACGAAUUCAGAUCUCCAAGAAGGGAGAAUUCAUUCCAGGCACUCGCAAUCGCAAAGUGACCAUCACGGGGUCACCUGCGGCAACACAGGCAGCCCAGUAUCUCAUCAGCCAGCGAAUUACAUAUGAGCAAGGGGUCCGUGCCACCAACCCUCAAAAGGUGGGCUAGAGGUGGACCAGAGUGGGGAGGGGAACAACAAAAAUGGGAAGUGAAGGAAAAGUGAGAAUGAAUAGAUGACUGGAUAAAUGAAAGAGAGGAAGAACGG